AUGGUCCUAUCGUUUUAUAUUAACGAAUGCUCGUCCGCUCCGUGUAAGAACGGCGCCACGUGCAGCAACCUCCAGAAUGCGUACUCAUGCAAGUGCGUACCUGGCUGGGAUGGAAAAAACUGUGACCAGGAUAUUAACGAAUGCUCGCCCGCUCCGUGUAAGAACGGCGCCACGUGCAGCAACCUCCAGAAUGCGUAUUCAUGCACGUGUGUACCUGGCUGGCAAGGAAAAAACUGUGAUCAGGAUAUCGACGAAUGCGCCUCAAACCCUUGUAAGUACGGUGCGACGUGCAGCAAUCUUCAGAACAAGUAUUCAUGCCAGUGUUCACCGGGCUGGAAUGGAAAAAACUGUGAUCAGGAUAUCAACAAAUGCGCACCUGCCCCAUGUAAGAACGGCGCCACGUGCAUUAAUCUUCAGAACGCGUACUCGUGCACAUGCUCAACGGGCUGGCAAGGCAAUAACUGUGAUCAGGAUAUUAACGAAUGCUCGCCCGCUCCGUGUAAGAACGGCGCCACGUGCAGCAACCUCCAGAAUGCGUAUUCAUGCACGUGUGUACCUGGCUGGCAGGGAAAAAACUGUGAUCAGGAUAUCGACGAAUGUGCCUCAAACCCUUGUAAGUUCGGCGCGACGUGCAACAAUCUUCAGAACAAGUAUUCGUGCAAGUGUUCACCGGGCUGGAAGGGAAAACACUGUGGUCAGAGUAGGUAUUAUUACACAUUCACACACACAUACACACACGGAAAGACAGCGUGGACGGGGGUUGGUGCGGAAGGGGGCUAG